AUGGCCUUCCGAAAUCACAUUCUCUCCUUGCUUGCUGCCAACGUCCUCAUCCCAAUUGCAAUACUAGUAUUUGCAAGAGGAUUCUUUCCUUACAAGCCCUUCCUAUCUGGUCUAGCGAAAUAUGAGACUCUGUCAUGGGGUGCUCCUCCAGAAGCGCCGUUUGAUAAGGUGGUAUUUAUGGUCGUGGAUGCACUUCGAAGUGAUUUUGUUUAUUUACGAGACUCUGGUUUUGCCUUCACUCAAAGCCUGAUCUCCGAUGGAUCCGCAAUCCCCUUCACGGCCCAUGCCACAUCUCCAACGAUCACCAUGCCUAGAAUCAAGGCUAUAACUACUGGAUCUAUACCCUCGUUCCUCGAUGUGAUCCUCAACUUUUCCGAAUCAGAUACGACCUCAACGCUCGCAUCACAAGAUACAUGGCUUGCACAAAUGAAGGACAAGUGGAAGAGCAAAUGGGCUCACAAAUUGAUCAUGUACGGUGACGAUACUUGGCUUAAAUUGUUCCCAGGGACCUUCCAUCGCUCAGAUGGGACAUCAAGCUUUUUUGUUUCGGACUUUACGGAAGUGGACAACAAUGUGACCAGGUAUGUCCCAGAAGAAUUGAAUAAUGAUGACUGGAAUACUGUGGUACUUCACUACCUUGGACUGGAUCACAUUGGCCACAAAGCUGGACCAAGAAGUCCAAACAUGAUUCCCAAACAGCGGGAGAUGGAUGGCAUUAUAAAGCAGAUAUAUGAGGCCAUAGAAACGAAGCAGAAACUUAAAUCAACACUUCUCGUACUCCUUGGAGAUCAUGGCAUGAAUGAUGCUGGCAAUCACGGAGGUUCAGCUCCAGGAGAGACCUCACCGGCUCUCGUCUUCAUUUCCCCAAAGCUUAAAACGAUCACUUCCGGAGAUCACAAAGCUCCACCUCCAUUCAAAGAAGAUUUCCAGUACUAUUCAACUGUCGAACAAUCAGACAUAGCCCCAACUUUAGCUGGCUUACUUGGCUUUCCUGUUCCGCAGAACAAUCUUGGGGCUUUUAUUCCCAAAUUUCUCGAGUUCUGGCCGAAAAAGAACGAUAGAAUUCAGCUUCUCAUGAGGAACGCUAGGCAGAUGCUCAAGGUUGUGUCUGCGACUUUUCCCGAGUUCAACAAAGUCGGUGCCGGCGAUAAUUGCGAAGAUUUCUUAGGUAGUAUUAACAAGCUUGCUUGUGGAUGGAGAAAAAUCGUUGGAAUCGUAGCAGAUGCAGAAGAACUUGAGGAUGUUGAGCCAUUGCUUCGAUCCAUGAGCAAGUGGCUGAAGCAAGCCCAAGAGCUCAUGAGCGGUACAGCCAGUAACUACGAUACUUUGAAGCUCGCGCAAGGCCAAGCUCUAGGACUCGCGGCUCUUAUUUUGGCAACGGUGGCGGCCGGUCCAACCAUCUAUGUUUCCGUGAAAACUUGCUACCCAAUCAUUCUGAUCGGCCUGCUAUAUGGAAUCAUGAUGUUCGCGAGCAGUUACGUGGAAGAAGAGCAACAUUUCUGGUAUUGGACCAGCACAGCAUGGGUGGCGCUGCUCUGGAUAAUAUCCUCCCGGAAACAGAGACUCACUCCUCGUCUCCUGGCAAUGAGUUCUCUCAUAGUUCUCAUCUCAAUGAGACUCGCCAGACGUUGGAACCAGACUGGUCAAAAGUUCGCUGGAGAGCCAGAUAUCGCGCGAACUUUUUUCUCCUCGCACCGCCUUACUCUGUGGACUCUCGUGGCUCUCACAUAUCUAUGGAACAUACAGUCUCUCGCUACCAAAGGAUUCUCUCGGUUCCCACAACUCGCCGCGGGAGCAAUAGCUACAACUCUGGCCACUGCAUCCAUUACAUUCAAACUUGCUUUCACCAACGAGGAUUCCCCGGAGUUGUUAGCUGGACCGGCAAAGUCUAUGGCUGCAACAGAUAGUGAGUUUGGGUUAUCUUUGGUGACACGGGCAAGAAUCGUCUUCAUGGCCAUUGGACUUUCCUUGCUGUAUACCCUUUCGAGUUUCGGUCACACCAAACGUCCAAAUCCAAUAAUGCACACUAUCCACGACCUCCUAACUCUCUUCCUAAUCACCCAAUCACGAGCAACAAACAUCCCCCUAUUCCUGCUGAUGGAAAUCCAAUUCUACACACUCAACGACCUUGGCCUCGGCCUCGUCGAAUUAACAACCACCUCCCUGCUCCUCCAAUACACCUCCUUCUUCGCCUUCGGCGGCUCCAACGCUAUCUCCUCCAUCGACCUCUCAAGCGCCUACAACGGUGUAUCAGGGUACAACGUGCUUGCCGUCGGGAUCCUAACCUUCGUCAGCAAUUGGGCUGGGCCAAUCUUCUGGGCCUCAGCUACAAACCUCAUGCUCCUUCGCCUGCGUAGAAAAGGGGGGAAGGAUUUAUUGCUUCCGCACCUUGCGCUGUUGACGAUGUUCGUGGCGGGGAGUUUGUUCUUCGUGAUGGCUGCUUGUACGCUGUUGAGAACGCAUCUGUUUAUCUGGACGGUCUUCAGUCCGAAAUAUUUGUAUAGCAUGGUGUGGAGUCUGGGUCAGCAUUUGGCGAUUAACAUAAGCUUUGGGAGUCUGUUGUAUUGGAUGGGGACCAAGAAUCUUUGA